AUGGGCGGCGGCAACAACCCGCCGGGAUUCCCUCACUCCAACCCCACACUCAGCUACUGGCAGGACCCUCCACACAAGAUCGCCAACCACCGCACCACGGAGACCAUCCCGGAUCAGACAUGGGACUACGUUAUCGUCGGCUCGGGAGUGUCGGGCGCCGCGACCGCCUUCAAGCUGCUGAGCCGUGAUCCGUCACUCAAAGUUAUCAUGCUUGAGGCCCGGACCGCCGCUUCCGGAGCCUCGGGACGUAACGGUGGCCACUGCCGGCCGGGGUGGUGGUUGCACUUUAGGCUGUACGCAACCACGUUUGGCGUUGACGAGGCGCUAAAGUUUGAGGCCUUGGAGGAGGGUACCGUCCAGGACAUUGCGGAUUUCGUGAGGGAGCACCAGGUGGACAAUGACUUCCAGGACGUCGAGACGGCAGACAUCUUUGUCACGGCGGCGGGCUGGGAGGACGCCCUGGCGCAGCUGGAGUUCCGGGAGGAGGUGAGACGGCAGACUGAGGGUGAUCGCGGCUCGCAAGUGAAGAAGAAGGUCUUGCAUGGCGACGAGGCUAGGAGGCAUGUCGGCAUGCCAGACGUCCAAGGCGCGAUUGUGUACCCCGCACACGCGCAGAACCCGUAUCUACUGGUGUGUCGGAUGUUGGAGCUGGCUAUGGACAAGGGGCUGAACUUACAGACAAACACGCCCGCAUUGGCUGUUAAGCAGGAAGACGGCGGGUUGUGGACGGUAGACACGGAUCGGGGAAAGGUCAGGGCCCGCAACGUCGUGCUCGCCACCAACGCAUACAGCAACAGCCUGCACGCGGGUCUCGCGGACACCAAGUUCCUCGUCCCCGCGCGCAGCCAGGUGGCGGCGCUCCGACCGGGCAAAUCGAUGGACUCGAACUUCCUCUUUGGUCGCAGUGGCGGGCCGUGCGACGUGCCGACUGGCGACUACUUCAUGACGGCACCACGGGGCUCUCGCGGAGAGGGAGACGUGCUCUGGGGUGGCGGGCGUAGCGUGUCCGAGACGAGUGAGGUAGGCAUCACCGACGACUCGAGUGUCAACGAGCAUGUGGCGUCUUACCUGCACCGGGCACCGGCCAUAUUCUACGGUGCUGAGAACUGGGGACGCGACAAGGACGGGGGGAGAGGCGACAGCGUCGUGCGCGACUGGACUGGCAUCACUUGCUACACCCCCGACACGCUGCCGCUGGUCGGGGCGGCGCCGGGUGAGCCUGGCCUAUGGAUGACGAUCGGGAUGAAUGGACACGGCAUGGCAAUGGCUUUUCGGUGCGCAGAGGCGCUGGUGCAGACCAUGUUGGGCGACAAGGGGGGAGAAAUGCCAGAUUGGUUCCCCAAGUGCAUGCGGCUGGAGCGAGCGUGGGAGAAACCAAAGAUCAACGUCAACACUGCGUGGUUUACCGAUUCUUCCUGA